UUUGUUUUGCCCCAGCAAUAGUUAAAAAAAAAAAACGAACAAACAAAAAAAGAGAAAAAAACAAGUUCAAGCGAUUAAAAUUAUUUAUCGGAUAGUGAUCGGAUAUGAGAUGGAGGGAGAAGAUGAGCUUUCGGACUUUCGAAAGCGGUGGAGACAUGAGCUGGAGAAAAAGACUCGGGUGAAACAUGACAGUGCAGGUCAGUCUGAGAGCAGACACAGAGAUGUGGGAGAAGCACAGAGGUGUGAGGACCAGCCUGGGUAUGUGUCUAUCGCAGAGGGUCUGCUGGAUGGAAGGAGCAGCCCUCUACUGGCCAGGAUGGAGGAGGAGAGAGUGAGGAGGAAGAGACAUCAUCAUCAUCAUCAUCAGCUCCUUUCUGCUCCACACACUCAGAAGAAAGCUCAUCUCACACUCAUAGACCAGUUCAUUCAGGAUCUGAACGAGGUGAACGAAAUCCCCUUCUUCGACAUCGAGCUGCCAUACGAACUCGCUCUGAAGAUUUUUCAGUUCCUGGACAAAGCUGAUCUGGGACGAUGCGCUCAGGUGAGUAAAUCAUGGAGGGUUUUAGCUGAGGACGAGGUCCUGUGGUACAGAUUGUUCCUUGAGGAGGGGUAUAACCGAGGGGCAAGUGUCUCUGACUCCCCCUGCUGGAAAAGCACACUGAGAGACUGCUCAAACACUGAAAAAACUGUUAAAUACAACUGGAAGAAUCGGGUCGGGUCCAUCAGCCAGCUGCAGUAUGAACUAGGAAAAGUGUUGUGUGACGUCUGGUCCUGUGACAGACUCGUCAUUGCUGGGUAUACCUCAGGUGAUGUGCGACUAUGGGACACUCUCCACUGGGACUCGGGCGCUUUGAAUCUCCAGCCUGCUCAUAUCAUGAGAGACGAGAUGCCGCUGCCAUACGUUAGUCUAGUACAAGUCACCGAUACCGUAGCCUGCGCUGCUUAUGAGAAUGGGUGUGUCGCUGUUUGGAGCACCGAAUCUGGUGUCGAACCUAUCCAUCAUUAUCAGCACCUGCAGCGGGUGUGUGCCCUCGAUCUGAGCUCCGACGCUCCAGUCCUGACCUCUGCAUCAGGGUCGGAGGUGCGAGUGGACGCUCCAGACGAUCGGGGCUACUGGAGGACUGUGUGUCUCACCCAGUUGAAUAAACCUGUGGAAGGGGUGUUGGUAGUCCCAGGAAAGCGGGAGAGCCCGCUGGUUUCAGCUUGGGCCGGUGAGAGUGUGUAUCUUCUGGAACCAAGUAAGAGGAAGGAAGAGGAUGAACAGGAGGAAGGACCCAGAGUGCUCCACUCUGUGUAUGGUCACCCUGUUACCUGCAUGGAUGUGAGCGCGUACAGAGCCGCCGUGGGUGUGAAGAGCUGCGGGUGGGGCAUGAACGAUGGAGGGAACAAGGUUCAGGUGUACAGCCUGGAGACCGGCCAAGCCGAGCUGGUGUUGGGGAACUCGGCUGGAGACUUCACCUGCAUCAGCCUGAGAGAUGCCCCGCUACAUCUGCUGGUGUGUGGGAACAAAGACAGGCGGGUGCGAGUGUUUGACCUGCGUUCCGGUGCCUCGGUGGUGUCGCUGUACGCCCAUCACAUGGGCGUGACCACGGUGCAGGCGGAUGAUUGGAAGAUCGUGAGCGGCGGAAACGAGGGACUGGUGUGCGUGUGGGAGACGAGGAUGAGCGCGAAACUCUGGGAGAUGCACAACAGGCACCCAGUCCGUCACAUACGGUUCAACAGCAGCUCCCUGGUGACGGCCAACGUCCCCGAUGAAAAGAACCCACGUGGAGCGUGCAUCACUGACGAUGACCUCACCGCUCACCGCAGACACCGGGGGGCGAUCUGCUACUACGAUUUCUCAGUGGAUUCCUCCUCCCAGGAGCACGUGCUGCCCAUCUGCAGGUCCGACUACACCGAGACGACCGGCUACAACUACAACAUCGGCCUGGUCACGCCUUACGACAUACUCGCCGAGCCUCAUGGCUCGGGGCUCUGACCCACAAUGCACCAGGGCAAGGUCAAUAAGAGACUGCAGGAUUCUUCACGAAAACUUUCGGACUGUAUAUGAUGAAAUACUAGAUCUAUAAAUUUCUUACUUGGUUUUAUUUUAAUAUUUAAUUCAUUGUAUUUUCACAGACGUGAUAUUUCCGUGAUUCCUGUACUGUGUAACAGUGAUUUAUUAUUUUUUUUUAAAUAAUGUCAUUUUCUUUUACAUGAUUGCAGUGAUUAUUUAAAAUUCAAAUCCUUAUUGGUUUAUGUGGAAAUGUACCCUUUUUUUUAAGCCUCGUGUUGCACAAAACUCUACAGUUGAUAAACAAUAUUUCUCCUCUAGUGCUUCUGUUCGUUCAAUGUCUCGUCUGUAUAAACAGGUGGAACUUGAAAAUAGUAGCCGGAAGAACCGGACGGAGUGGGUGUUGGGGUAAACUGUACCACCCUGACUCUUUUUUCUUUCUUUUCCUUUCCUGAGCUUGUUAACCCCAUGUGACCGCUCAAUUUCUUCCCACACAAUGAGAACACUGACAGUAAUAAUGCUCAUUGGAGUGCUUUUUAAUCAGUUAAAGCGAUGACUUGUGG